GAGAGCGCGCGGCACACUGUGCAGCGGACCACCGGCGAAUAUUAAAUUUGACGUUUCGUAAAUAUAAGUGGGAACUUUUGUUACGAAUCGCAAACAUAAAUCGUGUUUUCAAUUUCAGUUAAAAAGUGUAGUGAAAAAUUAAUUUAAGAUGAUUACCCUAGUGUUUGUUUUGGGAGGUCUCCUCGCAGCGACAGAGGGCUGUGGAGCUGGCAAGCAGAUACUAAGAUCAGGAGGAUUGACGGCAUAUGAACAGCAGAGUAUUGUUGAUGCGCAUAAUCGCCUCCGACAAUCUGUGGCUUUAGGACAAGUUUCAAGUCAACCUCCAGCGGCCAAUAUGAUGGAAAUGGUGUGGGAUGACGAAUUGGCAGCAACUGCUCAACGUUGGGCUGACCAAUGUACUACCGCACACGAUCGUGCGUCUCAGCGCGAUGUUGGUCGUUUCCCCGUGGGGCAAAACUUGGCAGCGACAUGGACUACUCGUCCCCCAUCUGAUCAAUCUGAUUCCGAACCAGACUUCAUGAAACAAAUCAAUGCUUGGUUCGAUGAAGUUCAUAUCUUCGGAUUUAAGCCCAUUAAUGGUGGACAUGGAACGGGCCAUUAUUCACAGUUGGUAUGGGGUGAGACGUCUCAUGUCGGUUGCGGUUACACUUUCUACUACGAUCCUUCCCGAGGCUACACCAAGCUGUACGUUUGUAAUUAUGGCCCUGGUGGAAAUGUCAUCGGUUCAAAUCCCUAUGAAAAGGGUAGUCCAUCUUGCAGCGCCCACGGGCUUUCUGACUCCACAAAAUACUCUGGUCUUUGUUCCACAACUUACACCACGAGCGAUCAAUCAGUGGACAAUACCAACAGUUUUAUAUCGAACGUCAUUCCUGACAGCACAGUUGGAGCACCAGGCUACAAUUAUCAGUUCUACAAGCAGUUCAACAACCAAUACCAGUACCAGUAUCAGCAGCCGCAGAGAUACUACAAUGCGGAAACAUCGAACUUCAGGCCACUCAUCAGCAUAUUUAAAACGGCUUCAAAUUUAUUUGCUAAGCCAAAAUCAACAAACUUCCGAAUUGGCAACGUAUACGUAUAAGUCGUUACGCUCGCGUGAUAUUUCUUAACAGUAUUUUAUCACUAUUUUCAUAGAGUGACUUGACUGAUUAUUCGAAUCUGUUUGCGCAGAAUUCGGAACAAAGACUAUAUUCCUUGGUUUUACAAGGAGCUUUAGAACCCUUAAACAAUGUGUAAAUGAACUUUGUAUAGAUUGAAGGUCUGAUAGUUUUUUCCAUAAAACUUGUGCUGUCGUGAUUGACCUUCUUGUAUUAAACUUAGCGUGAAGUAUGUUGUUAUUUAGAUAAUUUAUA